AUGCAUUCUUCACUCUUUCUGGCUAUACUUUGCUUGGGUGUAGCUUCAGCUGCUCCCAAACAUGACCACAGUUUAGAUGUAGAAUGGUACCAGUGGAAGUCAACGUACAACAGACCAUAUGGCUCGAAUGAAGAAGGUUGGAGGAGAGCAGUAUGGGAGAAAAAUUUGAAGAUGAUUGAACUGCACAAUCAGGAAUACAACCAAGGGAAACAUGGCUUCACAAUGGCCAUGAAUGCCUUUGGUGACAUGACCAAUGAAGAAUUCAGGCAGGUGAUGAAUGGCUUUCAAAACGAAAAACAUAGUAAGGGGAAGGUGUUCCUUGAACCUCCCUCUGGUCAUAUCCCCAAAUCUGUGGACUGGCGUCAGAAAGGCUAUGUGACUCCUGUGAAGGAUCAGGGUCAGUGUGGUUCUUGUUGGGCUUUUAGUGCAACUGGUGCCCUUGAAGGACAGAUGUUCCGGAAAACUGGUAAACUUGUUUCACUCAGUGAGCAGAACCUGGUGGACUGCUCUCGGCCUCAAGGCAAUAAAGGCUGUAGUGGUGGCCUAAUGGAUUAUGCUUUCCAGUACGUUAAGGAGAAUGGAGGCCUUGAUUCAGAGGAAUCCUAUCCAUAUCUUGGAAUGGACACACAAAACUGUCGCUACAAUCCUGAGAAUUCUGCUGCCAAUGAUACUGGCUUCGUGGACAUCCCUCAGCAGGAGAGUGCACUGAUGGAGGCAGUGGCCACUGUGGGUCCCAUCUCUGUGGCAAUUGAUGCAAGCCUGAUGUCCUUCCAGUUUUACAGCUCAGGCAUUUAUUUCGAUCCUCAAUGCAACAACACAGCUCCGAACCAUGGUGUUCUGGUGGUUGGCUAUGGCUUUGAAGGAACAGAGUCAGAUGACAAUAAAUAUUGGCUUGUCAAGAACAGCUGGGGCACAAGUUGGGGUGCAGCUGGGUACAUAAAGAUGGCCAAAGACCAGAACAACAGCUGUGGAAUUGUCACAGUAGCCAGCUACCCCACAGUGUGA